CGUUUUUGUAACUUUUUAAAAUUUGUACUAUUUUGUGAGUACGUGAAAAAGAAAUUUGUAAAGAUUAAAAGAUCAUAGCAUGUUGUGGUAUUACACACUGUUGAAGGGCGCCAUCUGUGGCGUGGUGGCUGUGCUUUCGUGGGAAGAGGUUCUCUUGCGGUUCCCGUUUUUCUCCCAGCUCUGGGUAGGCAAUACUGACCACUCUCCGACCUAAAGGGACUUCUCCGUUUGCCCUUGACGGAGACACGUGGGAGUUCAGAGGAGAGCGUUCAGGGUGACUGCGAACACGAGCUCCCGGCGCUGUCCACAUCUCCCCUGGGCAGGGCCCACUGGCCCCAGCCCGGGAGGGGAGCAAGGGCGGGAGGGCAGUUGGCAGUGGCACGGCCUGGGUCCAAACCUUUAGCCCCCCACCCCGGCUGGCGCCACUCUCGGGCGGUAAAGUGAGAUAAAAGCAGGGCAAGGUUCUGUAACUCCAAAUCAGGGAGGCGCAGCUCCUACACCAACGCCUUUCCGGGGCUCCGGGUGUGUUUGUUCCAACUGUUUAAACUGUUUCAAAGCGUCCGAACUCCAGCGACCUUCGCAAAUAACUCUUUAUCUCGCGGGCGAGAGCGCUGCCCUUAUUUGCGGGGGAGGGCAACUGAACGCCGGCACCGGGGCGCUAACUGUGGCCUCCUCUCGAUCCCCCGCCUGCUGGGACCCCAGCUGGCAGUCCCUUCCCGCCCCCGGACCGCGAGCUUCUUGCGUCAGCCCAGGCGCGGGUGGGGGAUUUUCGGAAGCUCAGCCUGCGCGGCCGGCGGGGGAAGGAAGGGCCCAGGCUCUUGCCCCGCCCUUCUGGGGCGGGAGGCGGAGCGGGACAGGGGCCCGCCGGCGUGUCGCCGAUCAGCGAGUGCCGGGGAGCCCGGAGGAGCCACCGACGCCGCCGCCGCCACCAGAGCCGCCCUGUCCGCGCCGCGCCUUGGCAGCCGGAACGGGGCCGCCGUCGGGGAGCCCCAACACACGGUCCCCAGCUCAGCAUGAUGGAGUUGGAGCUGCCGCCGCCGGGACUCCCGUCCCAGCAGGACAUGGAUUUGAUUGAUAUACUUUGGAGGCAAGAUAUAGAUCUUGGAGUAAGUCGAGAAGUAUUUGACUUCAGUCAGCGACGGAAAGAGUAUGAGCUGGAAAAACAGAAAAAACUUGAAAAGGAAAGACAAGAACAACUCCAAAAGGAGCAAGAGAAAGCCUUUUUCGCUCAGUUACAACUAGAUGAAGAGACAGGUGAAUUUCUCCCAAUUCAGCCAGCCCAGCACAUCCAGUCAGAAACCAGUGGAUCUGCCAACUACUCCCAGGUUGCCCACAUUCCCAAAUCAGAUGCUUUGUACUUUGAUGACUGCAUGCAGCUUUUGGCGCAGACAUUCCCGUUUGUAGAUGACAAUGAGGUUUCUUCGGCUACGUUUCAGUCACUUGUUCCUGAUAUUCCCGGCCACAUCGAGAGCCCAGUCUUCAUUGCUACUAAUCAGGCUCAGUCGCCUGAAACUUCUGUUGCUCAGGUAGCCCCUGUUGAUUUAGACGGUAUGCAACAGGACAUUGAGCAAGUUUGGGAGGAGCUAUUAUCCAUUCCUGAGUUACAGUGUCUUAAUAUUGAAAAUGACAAGCUGGUUGAGACUACCAUGGUUCCAAGUCCAGAAGCCAAACUGACAGAAGUUGACAAUUAUCAUUUUUACUCAUCUAUAUCCUCAAUGGAAAAAGAAGUAGGUAACUGUAGUCCACAUUUUCUUAAUGCUUUUGAGGAUUCCUUCAGCAGCAUCCUCUCCACAGAAGACCCCAACCAGUUGACAGUGAACUCAUUAAAUUCAGAUGCCACAGUCAACACAGAUUUUGGUGAUGAAUUUUAUUCUGCUUUCAUAGCUGAGCCCAGUAUCAGCAACAGCAUGCCCUCACCUGCUACUUUAAGCCAUUCACUCUCUGAACUUCUAAAUGGGCCCAUUGAUGUUUCUGAUCUAUCACUUUGCAAAGCUUUUAACCAAAACCACCCUGAAAGCACAACAGAAUUCAAUGAUUCUGACUCUGGCAUUUCACUGAACACAAGUCCCAGUGUGGCAUCACCAGAACACUCAGUGGAAUCUUCCAGCUAUGGAGACACACUACUUGGCCUCAGUGAUUCUGAAGUGGAAGAGCUAGAUAGUGCCCCUGGAAGUGUCAAACAGAAUGGUCCUAAAACACAACCAGUACAUUCUUCUGGGGAUACGGUACAACCCUUGUCACCAUCUCAGGGGCAGAGCACUCCCGUGCAUGAUGCCCAAUGUGAGAACACACCAGAGAAAGAAUUGCCUGUAAGUCCUGGUCACGGAAAAACCCCAUUCACAAAAGACAAACAUUCAAGCCGCUUGGAGGCUCAUCUCACAAGAGAUGAACUUAGGGCAAAAGCUCUCCAUAUCCCAUUCCCCGUAGAAAAAAUCAUUAACCUCCCUGUUGUUGACUUCAACGAAAUGAUGUCCAAAGAGCAGUUCAAUGAAGCUCAACUUGCAUUAAUUCGAGAUAUACGUAGGAGGGGUAAGAAUAAAGUGGCUGCUCAGAAUUGUAGAAAAAGAAAACUGGAAAAUAUAGUAGAACUAGAGCAAGAUUUAGAUCAUUUGAAAGAUGAAAAAGAAAAAUUGCUCAAAGAAAAAGGAGAAAAUGACAAAAGCCUUCACCUACUGAAAAAACAACUCAGCACCUUAUAUCUCGAAGUUUUCAGCAUGCUACGUGAUGAAGAUGGAAAACCUUAUUCUCCUAGUGAAUACUCCCUGCAGCAAACAAGAGAUGGCAAUGUUUUCCUUGUUCCCAAAAGUAAGAAGCCAGAUGUUAAGAAAAACUAGAUUUAGGAGGAUUUGACCUUUUCUGAGCUAGUUUUUUUGUACUAUUAUACUAAAAGCUCCUACUGUGAUGUGAAAUGCUCAUACUUUAUAAGUAAUUCUAUGCAAAAUUAUAGCCAAAACUAGUAUAGAAAAUAAUAUGAAACUUUAAAAAGCAUUGGAGUGUCAGUACGUUGAAUCAGUAGUUUCACUUUAACUAUAAACAAUUUCGUAGGACACCAUUUGGGCUAGUUUCUGUGUAAGUGUAAAUACUACAAAAACUUAUUUAUACUGUUCUUAUGUCAUUUGUUAUAUUCAUAGAUUUAUAUGAUGAUAUGACAUCUGGCUAAAAGCAAAUUAUUGCAAAACUAACCACUAUGUACUUUUUUAUAAAUACUGUAUGGACAAAAAAAUGGCAUUUUUUAUAUUAAAUUGUUUAGCUCUGGCAAAAAACAAUUUUAAGAGCUGGUACUAAUAAAGGAUUAUUAUGACUGUUAAAUUA